CCAAUUUAGGACAGAGUGUGACUUACUGUAACCUAUAAACAAACUGAACGCUGUAGCGCCCUGGUACUUUCGGGGGCGGCCAUCUUAGAUUUUCCUUCUAUUUUACCUCACAGAUUUUUAAAAACAAUUUUAAAAAUCUAUCAUAUACAUAAAUUUGGCCUUUUUCCCCAAGAUUUUCCACAUAACUCUAGUCUUUGGCUGAUCAUUUAAAAAGGAGAAAAUAAAGUGUGAACGUUUUUUUUCCCAAUCCGUUGGUUUUACACUACGUGGACAAAAAAGCAUUGGGACCCCUGAUAUCUCCACCCGUAUGUGGUUCUUAGCCAAACUGUUAGCAUAAAAGUUGUAGGCACACAAUUGUAGCAUGAAAUUUUCCCUUCACUUGAGCUAGGAGACCCAAACUUCGAGCGUGACAUUUGUGCACAGCUUCAUCCGGCUCCACGAAGAUCUUCUUUCCAUGGUUUUUAAGAUGUAGAAGAUCUUUUGCUUUAGAGCUCUAAAUCUUAUUGAACACCUUUAGGAUACAUUUUUCACCCUGACCGGACCUCAGUCCUCCUCACCUCCUCACCGACAUCGGUACCUGACUUUUAAUAACACCCUUCUUGUGGAGAAACGAAUCUCCACGAAAUCUAGUGGAACAUCUUUUUGCUUCAGCCAGCUAUCUCCUGGAAACGGAGACUCCUUCCACACUUACUAAAUGAACUCUCAAUGAAUCUCAAACAAAAACUAAAAGACACUGUCACUCUAGUGACCCCUAGUGGACAUGGCUCCAAAUCCUCUAAAAGUAUGCCAGCUCAAACUUCAAGUAUUGACUUCAAGAUGUAAUGGUAUACUGAGAACAUGAAUAUCUGUCCAGGGGCUGCUUUUAUCUUCACACGGUUGUAUUUAUUUCUUUUAAAUGAAUAGUCAUUUACAUAUGCUAAAUAGCCCCCAGGGAGCCGUCAGGAGCUCCAGUGCAGGGCUAACUACGUCCCACUAGCGUUGAUCCGUUAUUAUCGUAUGUAAUGCGAGUAAAUAUUCCCACAUCUGUCCUUCCCAGAUAAUUAGCCGUACUGUUUUUGUAGUCUGCGGACUAGCAAGCCUGGCCUACGCCCCGUAUUCCUAUCUGGAGGUAAUCGUGAGCAGAAAACACACCUUGGAACUAAAUGAAGAAUGCGUGAGCGUGCAUUCGCCAUCUGUGCCCGAGAAGGUGCUCCAGAACGAAAGUAAGCCCUCUCCCAAGCCGGAAUUCUUUGCCGGAGAAGUCUCCGGGCGAAGGAGCGCGAGUCCACUAAUCAGCGCUUCAAAUUAAAGCUUCCCCGAGAAAACGUGCCAUGCUAAUCCACUUUGCGAGGCGGCUUCUCUAUACUAGGCCAACUAGCUUUCCCUUAACGCUUAACUCAUACAGAUUCCUGCUUCCUGUUCGAUUUAUUCUGUCUGCUAAAUUAUUAGCGUUCCAGUCAGGGCGCUGAUCAGCCACUUUUAAGGGGACGUCCCAAACCCAAAAUGCCUUCCAGUGCAGUGUAAAUCCCACAAUGCACCAUAAAACACAAGGAGCUGAAGUUGAUGUGGCUCUCUGAUAAAAACUUUCUUUCGGCUUCUCCCAUUAGGGGGCGCCACAGCGGAUCAUCCGCAUGGUUCAUUUGGCACAUGUUUUUACGCUAGAUGCCCUUCCUAAUGCAACCUAAUGGGACCGGCACUAAGAGUGGCUGGGGUUGGUUUCCUGACCGGGGAUCAGAUGAUCUUUUAAAAUUGAUCUGAUCUUCUCGAAAUUGAAAUAUUGAAUAUGACCUUGCCCAUGAGGUAAUCUGUUAGUGGAUACAAAGAUCGAAUAGUGAUGGGGCAAAGACCAGAGGUGCAGUAAGUUAUUUAGACACACAUAUAGGUAUUUGUAUACACUCGUUUAUUUGUUAUUUUAAAAUCAUUUAUUUAUUUAAACGAUCCACCAGCUAGGCUAAACAAUUUGAUACGCGGUAUUUUUACAGUUCGAAAUGGACAAAGUUCUUCCUGCAUGCCAACGCGGUGACGUUUCUACCACUGGAGCCUGCGGUCAUGUGACCCGACAGUGUGGCUACCCGCGAGUUCGCUGACUAGCCCACUUUCUGUGGAAGAGGGCAGAUAGCGUUUUCUUUUGAACGUGUUACCCAGCCCCGUGAAAGUGGAAGAGAUUCCUGGUUAACGCGUAAUGACUUUUUUAUUGCUUCCCGAGUCAUUUAGUAGGCGGCCUGUCCUCGUCAACGUCUCAGCCGAGGGAGAAAUCGAAAUCGAGAAAUACUGAGCGUAUUGAAGCCUGAGCUAUAACGUCUGUACUGCUUUAGAGAUCUCUCCCGGUGUUAACUGUAACCAUGGAAACAGCCAACAGUUUAGGGGGUAUUUUAUUAGAAUGAGACCGCGGGGGAUCAGGCAGCCGGCGGUGUCUCGUCCCAAGGUCUGAGCGUCUGAGGGGUUCUGUAGCCUCGUGUCAUGGUGGCAGAGCUGGACCCCGAGCAGACUGGUUUCAUUGCGGUGGAGAACUUCACCAGUCUGGCGGAGCAGCAUGAGCUGCAGCUGGACCCCAACAAGCUGGACAUGCUGCUGGCCCUCGUCCAGAGUGACAAACACGGCCAUGUCUGCUACCAGGAGCUCAUCGAACUGCUAAGCAGUAAGCGCUCCAGUAGUUUCCGGCGCGCCAUCGCUAAUGGGCGGCGCACUCUGCAGCGUGAGAUCCUAUUGGACGAGACGGGGCUUGGUGUGUACAAGCGCUUUGUACGUUACGUGGCCUACGAGAUCCUGCCAUGUGAGACGGACAGACGCUGGUACUUUCAUCAGAACAGACUCUGUCCUCCACCUGUCUUCAUGGCCAUCGUCACCAUAGUGCAGAUUGUGGUGUUUAUGUGCUAUGGGGUGCGGCUCAACAAGUGGGUUCUGCAGACGUAUCAGCCUGACUUCAUGAAGAGCCCGCUGGUGUAUCAUCCAGGACAUCGAGCCCAAGUCUGGAGAUUCUUCAGCUACAUGUUCAUGCAUGUUGGGUUAGAACAGCUGGGCUUUAACGCCCUACUCCAGUUGAUGAUUGGCGUUCCUCUGGAGAUGGUGCACGGGAUUCUGAGAAUCAGCCUUCUCUAUAUGGCCGGAGUGGUGGCAGGGUCUCUCACAGUCUCCAUCACUGAUAUGAGAGCUCCGGUGGUCGGUGGUUCUGGAGGAGUCUAUGCACUCUGCUCUGCCCAUCUCGCCAACGUCGUCAUGAAUUGGGCUGGGAUGAAGUGUCCGUACAAGUUACUGCGGAUGAUCCUUGCGCUGGUUUGCAUGAGUUCGGAGGUGGGCCGAGCCGUGUGGCUGCGCUUCUCUCCACCGUUGCCUUCAUCUGGGCCGCAGCCGAGCUUCAUGGCCCACCUGUCGGGCGCUGUGGUGGGAAUCAGCAUGGGCCUGCUUAUCCUGCGCAGCUACGAGGAAUCUUUGCACAAGCAGUGCUCAUGGUGGGUUCUAGUCUUCUCCUUUGUCACCUUCCUACUCUUCGCCAUCUUCUGGAACAUCUUCGCCUACGAGCUGUUAGAAGUCCAGAUCCCCCCUCCACCCUGAUGACACGCCCACCACCAUCCCCUUUCCGACUGUUCCCUCACUCUGGCUGAGGAUGGCCACACAUGACCUUCAGGAACUGGAUUUCUUUAUGGCCUCACUCCUCUUUUUUUCGUUACAGCCCCCCCUCAACCCCCCUUUUUUUUUACCAACAGUGGACAAACAGGAACAUUGGAAAUUAUUGUAAUUUUUUCCUAACGUAUUAAGCCUCAGACUUUUAUUUACGCUCUCCCACUCGAUUGCAUCGUAAAAAAGCCAGGCGGGGAAGAGAUGAACAGACUCAGUUUUCAUCACGGCCGUCAAAAUACGUCCAUCUCCGUUUUUUGGUUGAAACAUUAGAUAUUCCGCGGGUUUUCAGUUUUAUGAUUUCACUGUGGUGCGCUAUUAUUUUUUAUCGCUGUUACACUGUAUGUUUUUCAGUGUCUUUGGGAAGCUGGAUGGAAAUACAGUUUUCGAAAAAGAUCCUGAUCCUACACACACACACACACACACACACACACACACACACACACACACACACACACACACAAUAACACAUACACUCCAUCAAAAGCCCAGCCUUUCUUGCCCUUUAACAUCCUUCACACUUUAUAAAGUCAGAGGGUCAAGUCCUUGAUUUCAGGCUUUGUAAGUUGCCUGGUAUCUGUUGCCUUGGUUACCAUCAGCUGAAUGCUAUGGUAGCCAUUAUCAAGGUGUCUUCUCAUUCAAUGGCUAAAGGAGCAGUAAAAAAACACUACAUUUAUUUUUCACCCAAGCCAGCUGCAGUCAUGAGAAAGGGUCUGCCCAAACAACAUUUUGCCUUCGAAAACCCUCAAAUGAAACCAUGUGCUAGGGGGCACUGUCGAGAAAAAACUAGACAUUUCGUUCCAAAAAAUACCUCAACCUAAAGAAAGGAAAAAAAGUACACUCUGCUAGCUCAUGGUCGAUUAGCGAAACAGAGCUCGAGCUUUUAAAUCGAGACCCUCCGCUGAAGCCUGGCAGAACCCGAUGUCUAUACACUUUGCGCAUUGUUUUAUUACGCGAUCAUUCGAAUUGUACAUUUCCUAACCUCACGCACUGCUUGUAGCCUACACACAUCCACAGAGCAUUAUGGGUAGCACACAAUGGUUUGUGUCCAAAUGGAGAAAAACUUUCUUACAACCACAAUUCUUGCUAAAAACAGAUUCUGUGUUCUUGUGGUGAUGUUUCUUUUUUGUUUGUUUUUUCUUACGACUGCUAGCGUUUGAGACAGACCCAACAUGGGCAUUUUUCACUCAAUGGUUGCCAGAUAUCAGGAAAUCUCAUUCACAUGAGGAUUUCUGAAGGCCUUACACUACAAAGUAUCAACUCUGCAGUGCCAAGUUACCAUUCGCUAAGCUGCUAAUGUCAAAUUGUAUAUUCAACAAUAUGGAAUAUCUUUAUUUUUGUUUACAUUCCUAACUUCGCUGGGGGAGGCCGGGGAUUGUUGUGGGGUUAUUAUAUAAGA